CUUUUGUUUGCUGCAGCAAAGCUGGGGAGAUGUCAACUGUGUGGGCUGCUCUAGAACUGAUGAAGCUGAUAUUAAGAAACUCUUCUGUUUGGCCCUGCCUGGGGGAAGAAGACUUUGAGAAGAUGGAGAACCAGAGUGGAGUGCUCUUGGGAUACAUCUGCUGGGAAGGAAAAGAGGAAGAGGGUGAGGAGGAUGGGAUGGCUCCUCGUGUUUCUCCUCCCAGCCAAAUGAGCAGACUGGAAGAUGUGCAGGUGGAGAUGCUUGAGAAGGCAAGGGAGCUCUUCCAGCUGUGUGACAAGGAUGAGAAGGGUUUUAUCACCAAGGUGGACAUGCAGCGGCUCCAGAGUGAACUCCCCUUAACCCCUGAGCAGCUGGAGACUGUUUUUGACAGCUUGGAACAGAAUAAUAAAGGAUACCUGACACCUGUGGAGUUCAGCAUGGGUCUAGGAAAGUUAAUAGGGAUUGAAUUGUGUCAAGGGGCUGGGAGAAUGGAUCAUUCCAGACACGAGGAAACCUUCGAGUCAGGCUGGUCAGAUGACUUGGACCUUGCAGAUGAUGAUGAAGAGAAACAAUUCUGUUCCAUGAUGGAGCAGCUUGGAGCAGCCCAGUUGUUUGAGGACCCCCGUGAGAUUCGGGAACUCUGGGCUCGCCUACGAAAGGAGCGUCCAGAGCUAUUAUCCAAUUUUGAAGAGUUUCUGUUGCGUGUUUCAUCAUACAUAAAGGAGGUGAAUCAUGAGAAGGAGUCUAUGGAACAAGCAUUGAAGAGGAAGGAGUCAGAUCAUGAUCGAGAAGUCAGGUGCCUUUACGAAGAAAUGGAGCAACAGAUCAAAGCAGAAAGGGAGAGGCUGGUCUGCCAGGAAGCGCUGAGGCAUGACAGGAGUAACCUGCUCCAGAAGGAACUGCAUAACAAAGAGCAGGAGCUGGAGAAAAUCCUCUACUGCCAGAAGAAGCUGGAACAUCAGCUACAGUCACUGAACUCGGAGCAGCUGGAGACUCGCGUGCAGAACGAAAGGCUCCGGCACCUGAAUGAAAACCUGCUGGAAGAGCUGGAGAAAAGCAAAUGGGAACUAGAGGCAGUGAAGGGGCAAUUACAGAAGCUCCAGAAAGAGGCUCAGAUUGAGCAAGAGCAGAAGGACAGGGAUGUGUUUAGGGUCUCCAAGAACAUGCAGAAAGAGAAACAAAGCCUCCUUCGGCAGCUGGAGCUCCUCAGAGAAAUGAACAAGAAACUUCGAGAUGAGCGAGAUGCUUUUGAAGCCAAGAAGCCGGUGCCUCAGAACAAAAAUCCCCUGUUGAAGAAAGGGUCAGUGCUAGGCAGUUACCUGCUGGAGGACAAGCCUGUCAAACGACAACUGGCCUCUGCGGACCUUCCCUUCAUCUUCCUAGUGGAUGUGGCAGUGGAAGAACCCAACAGAAAGAACUGUAAAUACUUCCCAGGCAGUGGGGUAUGGAUGAAGACAGAAGGAGGCAGCACAAACUUUGGAGAAAACAGCAGAGAUGAGGAGAGAUGGCCCUUGGCAGCAGAUCCUAAGUGGUUUAAGAUGACUUUGAAGGGUGACUCUGACUGCAGAAAAAAUGCAGAUGGCCUAGAUGCUGCUCCGCUGCCUCCCCGAGCCCAGCCCGUUGGCACUGAAAGCAGGCUCCAAGUACUGGAAGCAGCCAGCUGUUCCCCAGAUCGCAUCUUUAAAGUGGUGUUUGUUGGGAAUUCCAGUGUUGGGAAGAGUUCCUUCAUCCACCGCUUCUGCUAUGACAGGUUCUUGGCUGAGCUCAAUGCAACCAUUGGUAUUGAUUACCAGGUGAAGAGUCUAAUGGUGGAUAACACCCAGAUUGCCUUGCAGCUGUGGGAUACAGCUGGACAAGAGAGGUUUCAGAGCAUCACCAAGCAGUACUUCCGGAAGGCAGACGGGAUCCUGGUGAUGUAUGACAUCAUGGCCGAGUGCUCCUUCCUGGCGGUGCGGAACUGGAUGAGCAGCGUCCAGGAAGGUAUAGAGGAUGGAGCUGUGGUCUUUCUGCUUGGAAAUAAAUUGGAUGCUGUGAAGAGAGAGACCCGGAAAGUGCCCAAGGUGGAGGGGGAAAGGCUAGCAAAGGAGUACAAGGCUGUGUUCUACGAGUGCAGUGCCAUGACUGGCCACAACAUCAUGGAGCCCAUGCUACACAUGGCCAGGUUGCUGACAGCAAAAGAAGACAGGCAGAGGGAGAAUGCCCUGCAGCUGGAGGAUAUCACCAGGAGGAAAGGGUGUUGCACAUAAAACACACCAAUGUGUCAGCAUGA